GAGAGAGAGAGAGAGAGAGAGAGAGAGAGAGAGAUGGGCGGGGAAGAGAGAGAGGAAGGAGUAAUGGCCACAGACUUCUUCUGGUCAUACACAGACGAACCUCAUGCUUCCCGAAGGCGACAGAUCCUCUCUCAGUACCCACAAAUCAAAGAACUUUUCGGACCUGAUCCUUGGGCUUUUCUCAAGAUUACUGUGGUUGUUUCACUUCAGCUAUGGACUGCAACUUUCCUCCACAGUGCUGGUUGGCUGAAGAUUUUGACAGUAGCCUAUUUUUUUGGCUCCUUCCUCAACCACAACCUCUUCCUAGCAAUCCAUGAGCUCAGUCAUAACCUCGCCUUCUCAACCCCAGUCUACAAUCGCUGGCUUGGGAUCUUUGCUAAUCUUCCCAUUGGUGUCCCCAUGUCUGUCACCUUCCAAAAGUAUCACCUAGAGCAUCACCGCUUCCAAGGUGUUGAUGGCAUGGACAUGGACAUCCCUAGCCACACCGAAGCCCACUUGGUCACUAAUGUUAUCUCCAAGUCCAUAUGGGUAAUCUUGCAGCUCUUCUUCUAUGCACUCCGGCCUCUCUUUCUCAAGCCAAAGCCCCCUGGUUGGUGGGAGUUCACCAACUUGGUCAUCCAGAUUGCACUUGAUGCUGUGAUGGUCUAUUUCUGGGGUUGGAAGUCUUUGGCUUACUUGAUCCUCUCCACAUUUGUUGGGGGUGGAAUGCAUCCUAUGGCUGGCCACUUCAUCUCAGAACACUAUAUCUUCCAUCCAGAACAGGAGACUUAUUCUUACUAUGGUCCCUUGAACCUACUUACAUGGAGCGUCGGAUACCACAAUGAGCACCAUGACUUCCCACGAAUUCCUGGGAGCAAACUCUACAAAGUGAAGGAGAUUGCCCCAGAGUACUAUGAGAAUUUUAUGUCAUACAGAUCUUGGAGCCAGGUGAUUUACAUGUAUGUCAUGGACCGGACCGUUGGACCAUUUAGCAGGAUGAAGAGAAAGGGGUCCAAGAACAGUGUUGUGACCAAGAAAGAUGAUUAACUCACUUGAAUAAUUUAUAUCAGAUUCCAUUUUCUUCUUUGUUUGGGAAAUAAUUCUAUUUCAAUUUCAAUUCUUUUUGGUCUUUGUAUUC